AUGAAGACCGCUGCCAGCGUCAACGAAGGCCCAUUUCGCUGUCCCCAGCGCGAAUGUAGUCGAAGCUACAGGCGCAAAGAACACCUCACUCGGCACUCUGCGAGCCACAGUCAAGCGCCAGCAUGCGAGUGUCCGUUUUGUGAUAAAGUCUUCUCCAGGACUGACACUUUACGUCAACAUGUUCGGGCCCUUCAUAAGGAUAAGGAGUUGGAAUCUAGUCGCACGGUCAUAGCGUGUAGCUACUGUCGCUCGAGGAAGACCCGGUGCGAUGGUACGGCCCCUUGCGAAUCAUGUUCAGGGAGAGGUCUCCAAUGCUCCUUGUCACGUCAGGGGAAUCCGCAGAACGCAGGAACCAUGCGUGUGGACUGCAUCUAUGUUGAGAUAUAUUUUAAGGAAUUUCACCCAGUCUGGCCGUUUCUGCACAGAGCGACAUUCGAACCUAGUCAGGAGCCCCCGAUUCUUUUGCAAUCUGUUGUCAUGAUGGGACUGUGGACGACUGGGAACGUGGAGAUGCAGUGUCAUGCAGUCAAACUGCAUGACAAGCUUAGUUCCUUAGUUUACGAACAGCGAGACAACUGGGCAGCCACGAACUCAGAGUCCGAAGUCCAAAGCCCCUGGCCCAUGGCAACAUACCAGGCCAUCCUUCUUCAGAUCAUUUUCGCCUUCCUCAAAGACACUCAUAGUCAGGUUGAUAUUCGACUCGCCCGAACCAUCCCUACGAGCUGCUGCUCUCGUCUAUUAACGACACUGACUGACACUUGCGUUCGCAAAAACAUGUUCUUUUACCCAGAGAUCUUAGCCCGGUUCAGCCGCGACUCCGUCCCGGAUGUCUUCAUCUGGGUUGGCAUCGAGGAAGUCAAGCGGUUUGCACUCGCCCUUUACAAAGUUUGCAGGUCGUGUCAUAUUCAAUGCAAAAACGGCCCGCGUAAUCUUCACGGGAACCAGAGAGGGAGAAGUCUUCUCACCCUGGCAGACUUGCGGUUUUCACUGCCUGACAGCGAUGAGCUCUGGAAUGCCACCUCGGAUCUCGCGGCUCGGCUAGCAGAAGAUGGGCCCCUUUAUUAUGACAAUAUCAACGCCGAGACCAAUUGGAUUUCUCAGUCAGUAAGGCUGUUGCAGAGGCCCGAUAUGACAUUUGAUUGGUUAUAG